UGAUAUGUGUAUGUACUUUUUGUGUUGUUAUCAGAAUUGUCAGAAAGUUAGUUAAUUUAUUGUAAAUCCAAUCAUACAUUUCAGUUUGUCAAAUUAUUCAUAAGGAUCAACUCUAAGGAAGUAAGUUGGUGUUAGCACCCGGACUUGUAGUGCAUUAUCGGUUUGGCAAUUAUCAUUCUAUUUUUGAAACAGAUUUUGGUAGUAAACAUCCGGAUUGAAACUUCAUUAGGUAUCUUCAUUACUUGCUCAUGCAAAUGAAUCAUCAUUAAAGGUAACUAAAGGCUCUGAAGCAACAUCACCCAUUAAAAUGGAAUCUGUCGGGGGGACUGAGAGCGAGGCGCCUAGCUGUAAAAUUGAACAUCUUGAGAACGAUUCUGUGGUUCAAGAGGUUCUUCAGAAUGGAACUGAUCUGCGUCAGUAUUCAAGACAAGUAGAAAAAGAACUGAAAGAAGUUGAAAAUAAAUCCAUACAAGAUUACAUCAAAGAGAGUCAAAAUAUUGUUAGUUUACAUAACCAAAUAGCCGCAUGUGAUGAUAUUCUUGAGCGGAUGGAGUCCAUGUUGCAAAGUUUUCAAAGUGAUCUUGGGAGCAUAAGCAAUGAAAUACUAUCACUACAACAGAAAUCAUGCACAAUGAGCCAGCAUUUACAUAAUAGACAAGCUAUUCGAGGCCAACUAAACCAGUUCAUUGAAGAGAUGGUUGUCUCUGACUCUCUUAUUUCCAUAGUUAAUGACACCCCUGUAACAGACAAAGAAUUUCUGGCCCAAUUAAAGAUUCUUAACCACAAGUUAAGUUUUGUCAGAGACCAAAGCACCAAAGAAGUAAGAGCUUGUCAAGAUGUCAAGGAUGUUUUAGAAAAGUUAAAAAUCAAGGCUGUGAUAAAGAUCCGAGCGUAUUUAUUGGAACAAAUAUCAAAAUUUCGGAAACCAAUGACCAACUAUCAAAUUCCUCAAAAUGCUAUACUAAAAUUUAAAUUUUUCUAUGAGUUUGUGUUAACCCAUGAAAGGGCAGUGGCAAUGGAAGUCUGCACUGAGUACGUCAAUACUAUGAGUAAAGUUUAUUACUCCUACUUCAAUUCAUAUUCAUCUGAAUUAAUGAAACUCCAAUACGAUGAAUGCGCUACAAAACAUGAUUUAAUGGCUACUGAGGACAGUGCUAAAAGUGCGCUUUUUUCAAAAAAUAGCACUUACAAACAGAAAAGCACCAUAUUUUCCAUUGGUAAUCGAGGAGAGGUUCUAACAUCUCAGUUAGAAGCUCCAAUAAUUGUUCCACAUUCCGCCCAUAAAAAUGAUGCUAGAUAUCCUUUCGAGGCAAUUUUUCGAUCGUCACAAUAUGCUUUGGUUGACAAUGCUUGCCGAGAGUAUUUAUUUUUAGGUGAAUUUUUCAUGCUCAAACCCUCCUCUGCCUUAAACAUCUUUAGUCAAGUAAUGGAUAAAACCCUCAACCUCCUUUUUAAAAAUUUGGAAACAUAUGUGGAUCAUUGUUAUGAUACUAUUGCUCUUUUCCUGUGUGCUCAUUUGGCCAUGCGGUAUCAACUCUUAUGUCACAAACGAGCUGUCCCAGCCUUGGACCAAUACUGGGAUUUAGUGCAAGCAUGUAUUUGGCCCAGGUUUGAAUUUGUUUUUCAACUGAACAUCAAAAGUAUCAAAAAUUGUGAUCCAUGGAAAUUCAAUAAAGAAAUGAAACCACAUUAUAUUGCUCGCCGGUAUGCCGAGUACAGUAGUGCAUUGAUAGAAAUCAGUGAAGAAUUUCCUCACGAGUUGGUGACCAAACUGCUGGCUCAAUUACUAGAGGAAACGCACUGCUUUUUGUUGCGCAUGGCUGCCAUUUUCACCACCCGCAAGGAGCAGUUAAUAUUCCUCAUCAACAACUAUGACCUCAUAAUCACCACUCUAAUGGAACGUACGCGAGAAAACUCUAAAGAAGUGGACAAUUUUCGAGCUAAUCUCCAUGCAAGGAACAUGGAGUUUGCCGAGGAGAUCUUAUCACCCCAUUUUGGCGGGAUGAUUCAGUACGUGAAGGAGGAAGAAAUGUCAGGGGAUAAAAAGCAGUCGGAGGAAAUGAAAAAACUUGAAAAUAAGCAAUUGGCCAUUGUUCAACCUUUCGUGACAUCUUGGAAAAAAUCUUUGGAUAGUAUUCGUAAUGAAGUACUCUCAUCAUUCCCAAAUCUUGUGACCGGAGCAAAUUUGCUCCAACUUACUUUAACACAGUUUGUUGAGUAUUACCAUCGAUUCUUGAAACUGAUUAGUUUGAAUGCCCGUAAUCAAAUUCCGAACAUUCAUUACAUGAUGGUAGAGAUAAAGAAGUACAAGACCAAUUUCAAUUAAAAUUUAUAAUUUUUAUAAAAAUAAACUGAUAAAAUAACGUUUUUCA